CACACACACACACACACACACUCUCUCACACUCUCUCUCACACACACUUACUUACACUCACACACACUCCCUGUGGUUAUUAAACGUGCUGGUGAAAAUGAACUAGUGAGAGUCUGAAAGCAGUCAGAUCAUGAAGAAAUAAAGACAGAGCCAUGGAUCCACACCCAGCUGCCUCCACACUACUGCUGACCCUAGUGUAGGAGGAGAAGAUUGCACUGACGACGACUGUUGUUGAUUGGCUGUUAGACUCCAAAUCAAAAGAAGAUAAUGAAGAUGACAGAAGAAGAGACUAAGAAAGAUAAUAACAAGACAAAAGACAAAGAGAUGAAAAACGAUGUCACUCGCAGAAGAUGGAGAUGAAAGAGAAUGAUAAUGAGAGGAAAGAAGAAUGUCUUAGAGAUACGAAACUCUACGAACGAAAGGCAUUGUUUAAUAGAUAUAUAACGGUAAUAUAGUUAAAACUGUAAUGCUGAAAAGUUCUACCUAUGGUAGUUAAAUAAAAAUGACAAAAGAGACUGAGAAGAAUAACAAAAACAGGGAGAUGAACCGCCAGCGAGAGCAGAAUGAUAAAGGAGGUAAGAAGAGAGAGAGCCGUCAGUCGGUGAGUGUACGGAGAGAGGGCAGGGUGGCGAGCGAGCGCUUGGUCAUUAACGUCGCCGGGAUGAAGUACGAAACCCAGACGCGAACUCUGGCCCGAUUUCCCAACUCGCUGCUGGGUGACCCUGAUAAACGGCUGAAAUACUUCGACCCGCUGCUGAACGAGGUUUUUCUGGACCGGAACCGAGCAUGUUUCGACUCCAUCUUAUACUUCUACCAGUCGGGCGGGCGGCUGCGGAGGCCGGCCCACAUUCCGCUGGACGUUUUCAUGGACGAACUGGACUUCUACGAGGUGGGCGAGGAGGCCAUGAGCCGCUUCAAACAGGACGAGGGGUUCGCCCAGGAGGAGGUCCGCCCCCUGCCCGACAGCUCGCUGCAGCGCCGCAUAUGGAUGCUGUUUGAGUACCCAGAAUCCUCUGGGGGAGCUCGCAUCAUUGCCAUCAUCAGCGUCAUGGUGAUCAUGCUGUCCAUCCUGAUCUUCUGCCUGGAGACGCUGCCGGAGUUCAGAGCGGAGAAGGAGCUGAGAGAGAAAGAGAGAGACGAACAGUACAUGGCUGGAAACUCCACCGGGUCCUUCUCCCCUUCGUUCACUCUGUUCCAGGACCCGUUCUUCAUCGUGGAGACCAUCUGUAUCUGCUGGUUCCUCUUUGAACUUGUGAUGCGUUUCCUGUCCUCGCCCAAUAAGCUUCAUUUCUGUAAGGAUGUGAUGAACGUGAUCGACUUGAUGGCCAUCCUGCCGUACUUCGUCACGCUGGGCACCGAGCUGACCAGGUCUAAAUCGUCCCUCGCCAUUGUGAGGGUCAUCAGACUGGUGCGAGUGUUCCGUAUCUUUAAGCUCUCGCGUCACUCCAAGGGUCUGCAGAUUCUGGGCCAGACCUUCCAGGCCAGCAUGCGGGAGCUGGGCCUGCUGAUCUUCUUCCUGCUCAUCGGAGUCAUCCUCUUCUCCAGCGCCAUCUACUUCGCCGAGUCCGACCACGAGGGCUCGUCCUUCGAGAGCAUCCCUCACGCCUUCUGGUGGGCGGUGGUCACCAUGACCACGGUGGGCUACGGCGACAUGUACCCCGAGACCGUUUGGGGGAAGAUGGUGGGCUCCAUGUGCGCCAUCGCCGGAGUGCUGACUAUUUCCCUCCCCGUCCCUGUGAUUGUGUCCAACUUCAGCUACUUCUACCACCGAGCCACGGAGUGUGUGGACAGCACCGAGUACACACACGUGAACACGGCGCUGUACAACGAGGUCGAGAACGGGGACAAUAAAGAAGAGGGGGAAGAUGGAGGGAAGAGGGACGGGGUCUGUCGCUCUAUGUGGGAAACAGACCUCUAGCCACACAAGUCUAAAUAUCCUACUGUAUACAAUUUAUUAUUUAUUAAAGCGAUAAUCUGGCCUGAAAUCAAACCUGUGAUGUUGUUGUGACCUGUUGGCUUCUUUAGUUUAGCACUGUAAAUAUAUAAAAAGCUCAACUUACGUACAACCAUUCACACUCAGAACUCAUCCAAACACUGGUGAGAAGCUGCAGCCAAUAGCGUACAGCGUACUCUCCACCGGAAACAACCGCACACCUGGAGGAGGACUGCAUCUGGCACUACAGCAUUUAUCCAGGACAGUGUGCCAGUUAAUACCUGGGAACAAUCAUACACACAUUUUAUACACACACAAACUUACUAACAUACAUACCAUACAUACACACUUUACACAUACACACCAGAUCAAUUUAGAGUAUCCAAUUUACCAGAUCAAUUUAGAGCAGGGGUGUCCAAACUACGGCCCGUGGGCCAUUUGCAGCCCGUUUCCUUUUUUGGAGCGGCCCACGAGGUAUUUUAGAAAUAGAAUGAAAGUUGGCCCGCUAUUAAGCAGGUUUUUAUAAUGUGAGAUUCAAAGUUUGAAUGCUAGGUGUCAGAAACGGGCCAAAGAGUCUAAAAGCGGAGAGAGUGCUCACUUGUAGCGCAAAAAACGGGCCGAAGAGUCUAAAAGCGGAGAGAGUGCACAUUUCUAGCGCAGAAAAACGGGUAAAGAGUCUAAAAGUUGCCAUAAUUAAGGAGUUUAAUAUUAAGAGACAUCAUGAAAUUAAACAUCAAAUGGAAAAAUCUUAGUUUACACAACACUGUCAAAGAUAAAGAUAGUUAGUCAAGUAAAAUGGUGUGUAAAUGAAAUAAUCAGGAAAAUGUAUUAUUUAAAGUGGUAUAUUUCAUUAUUUGUUUUAUUACAGAGUCUGUGGCCCGUGACUUCAAAUAUAUUUCUCCUUCUGGCCCCCCAACAAAAAAAGUUUGGACACCCCUGAUUUAGAGUAUCCAUUUUUUACCAGAUGAAUUUAGAGUAUCAAAAUUACCAGAUGAAUUUAGAGGAUUUAGAAACUCCACUCAGAUAGGGACUUGAACCCAAUACCUCAGUGCUGGGAGGAGAACGUGCUAACCACUAAACCACACUAAAGCUAUUAGAGGCUAAUGUAGCUAAAAGAAAAAGAAAAACAAACAAAAAAAAAAACUAAUGGAAGCCUAUAACCCACCAAUUAGCUUAAUGCUAACUGCAUGCUAGCUGCAUUAUAACACAGUAUUACUGUACUAUACAAUGUUGUCUAUAAACAUGGACUAAAGUCUGGAUGAUGCUGUUGUUAUGCAUGUGUUCUCUUUUUUAUUGCAUAUUAAAAAAAGUGUGUUUUAAAAAAGAACCCUUGGUUUAAUUUACUGUAAUGUAUUAUUAUUAUUUUU